UAGAUUUAGUCUGGGUCUCUCCUCCCGGGUGGAGGGUACGCGACCUCGUGUGCGCCACUCUUUUCCGCUGCGCGCCGCGCGCGACUUGAUGACGACACUGGACCCGCCCUCGACCCGGGCUGUGCUUUGGUGUUCUUAAGUCGUGCCGCGUGCGCAACGGUAGUGACGCGUUUUACCCGGAGCAUGGCGGAUACCGGCUUGCGCCGCGUGGUUCCCAGCGACCUUUAUCCCCUUGUGCUCAGAUUUCUGCGGGAUAGCCAACUCUCGGAGGUGGCCAGUAAAUUUGCAAAAGCGACCGGCGCUACACAGCAGGACGCCAAUGCCUCGUCCCUCUUGGACAUCUAUAGCUUCUGGCUCAACAGGUCCACCAAAGCCCCAAAGGUGAAGUUACAGUCAAAUGGACCAGUGACCAAGAAGGCUAAGAAAGAGACUUCAUCCAGUGACAGCAGUGAGGACAGCAGUGAGGACGAGGACAAAAAAGCCCAGGGACUUCCCACACAGAAGGCUGCCGCACAGGUCAAGCGAGCCAGUGUGCCUCAGCAUGCUGGAAAGGCAGCAGCCAAAGCUUCAGAGAGCAGCAGUAGUGAAGAAUCCAGUGAGGAAGAGGAAGAGGACAAAAAGAAAAAGCCUGUCCAGCAGAAGGCAGCUAAGCCCCAAGCCAAGGCAGUCAGACCUCCUGCGAAGAAGGCAGAGAGCUCUGAGUCGGACUCAGACUCGGAUUCGGACUCCAGCUCAGAGGAAGAAACACCACAGACCCAGAAGCCAAAGGCAGCUGUGGCAGCAAAAGCUCAGACUAAAGCCGAAGCCAAACCAGGUACACCAGCGAAAGCACAGCCUAAGGUAGCCAAUGGCAAAGCAGCCGCCAGCAGCAGCAGCAGCAGCAGCAGCGAUGACUCAGAGGAAGAGAAGAAGGCAGCUGCACCUCCCAAGAAGACUGUACCAAAAAAGCAAGUCGUGGCCAAGGCCCCAGUGAAAGUAGCUGCCGCCCCCACCCAGAAGAGCUCCAGCAGUGAGGAUUCUUCCAGUGAAGAGGAGGAGGGACAGAGACAACCCAUGAAGAAAAAAGCAGGUCCCUACAGUUCAGUUCCACCACCCUCUGUUCCUUUACCAAAGAAGUCCCCGGGAACCCAGGCUCCAAAGAAAGCUGCUGCGCAGACACAGCCUGCAGACAGCAGUGACGACAGCAGUGACGAUUCUGAUUCAAGUUCUGAGGAAGAGAAAAAACCUCCAGCUAAGACGGUCGUCUCCAAGACACCCGCCAAAGCAGCUCCAGUGAAGAAGAAAGCAGAAAGCUCUUCAGACAGCUCGGAUUCUGACAGUUCUGAGGAUGAAGCUCCUGCCAAGCCAGUCAGUACAACCAAGAGUCCCAAGCCAGCUGUCACUCCGAAGCCAUCUGCAGCAAAGGCAGUGACAACUCCUAAGCAACCUGCAGGCAGUAACCAGAAACCUCAGAGCAGGAAGGCUGACAGCAGCUCCAGCGAGGAGGAAAGCAGCUCCAGCGAGGAGGAGGAGGCCUCCAAGAAAAGUGCCACAACCCCCAAGGCCAAGGUGACUGCUAAAGCAGCACCCGCCAAACAGGCCCCUCAGGCUGCUGGGGACAGCAGCUCUGACUCAGAUAGUUCCAGCAGUGAAGAGGAGGAGAAGACUCCUAAGCCCCCAGCUAAGAAGAAGGCAGCAGGUGGAGCCGUUUCUACACCAGCCCCUGGGAAGAAAGCAGAGGCCAAGAGCAGCAGCAGCAGCAGCAGCAGCAGCUCCGAAGAUUCCAGUGAAGAGGAGAAAAAAAAGAAGCCCAAAGCUACUACCCCUAAAAUACAGGCAAGCAAGGCCAAUGGCACUCCAGCUUCUCUGAAUGGAAAAGCAGCCAAGGAAAGUGAGGAGGAAGAGGAGGAGGAAGAAACAGAAGAGAAGAAAAAGGCAGCUGGGACCAAGCCAGGUUCAGGCAAAAAACGGAAGCAGAAUGAGACCGCAGAUGAAGCAACAACUCCUCAAGCUAAGAAAGUUAAGCUCGAGACCCCCAAUACGUUUCCAAAAAGGAAGAAGGGAGAAAGAAGGGCGUCUUCCCCUUUCCGAAGGGUCAGGGAGGAGGAGAUUGAGGUGGACUCUCGAGUGGCGGACAAUUCCUUUGAUGCCAAGCGAGGUGCAGCUGGAGACUGGGGGGAGCGAGCCAAUCAGGUUCUGAAGUUCACCAAAGGCAAGUCCUUCCGGCAUGAAAAAACGAAGAAGAAGCGAGGCAGCUACCGGGGAGGCUCCAUCUCUGUCCAGGUCAAUUCCGUCAAAUUCGACAGCGAGUGACACGUGGUCAUCCUUUGGCAAAGGAAGGGUGAUUUUGGGAGACUGGCACUCAACUCCAGUGGACCCAGAAACUCCGUGUUAGGAGACAGUUGUGACAAGGACGGUGUGGAGCAGGUCCUGAGGUGUGUCAGCCUGCAGUCCUCUCAGGCUCCUUUUUCUGGACAGCUGAAUAUCAAGGACAAAAAGGAUUUUUUUUUUUAAAGAAACCCAUUCAGUUGUCAAUUGCCUUCCUGUUCUGUGGGUCUUCAUACUGAGAGAUUUGUAUAUUUUAUAUUAAAUCAUGUCAUACAGAUUUUUGUUGUGAUUUUCAGAGAUGACUUCCACAGAUUAAAGUCUUAGCUGUUGCCUAAGGCAAAGCAAAACAACACAUGGUAAUAAUUUUCCCUACUGGAGGAUUCUCUUUAUGUGAAAGCCCUGGUGGGCAAUGACAUAAGUCUUGUGAUGAUUGUCUGCUAAGCAUACUCUGUGCUCAUCUUCAUCCAUUGGGCCCGGCACCAAAGCUUCUAGAAGCCAGCGUGGAUCUACCAACUUUGGGGGAUAAAAUUGCCAUUCUUGGUGCAGUAACCUACUAAUUGGCAGGCAGGAUUCUCGAGUGUGUGAAUGCCAUGCAGCUGUCUUUGUUUUGUUCUUGGUAGCUGUUACUGCUACAUGUUUACAGUACUUUUAGUUUUAAUUUCGAAGUAAGCUUUUCUGACAGACAUUUUGCAACAACUUGACUGUUGUAUAUUGACAAGUUCAUGGAUGUAUUUGAUUCUUAUUAACAUCAAGGACAGGCUGGUAAGUACCUGCAUGGUUGAGUCACUGGUCAAGGAAAUGGAGAUGACCUAUGAACCCUGGUGUGAAGUAGAUACACUGGAUCUCCUGGGCACCUGGAGCAGCAGCAGGAGACAGCCCAAGGAGGCAGGAGGGCUCUAACUAAGCAGGACCAUUUUGUCUUGAAGUCGGUACACAGGAGUAAUUAUGCCCUGUUCAAGUUGGUCCCCUGGACUCACUAUUAGUACCUUACCUAUAAUGUUACUGAUACAGACUAGCCAGGAGGCAGGGAGGCAUAGCUGGGUGGUAGUGUGCUUGCUUAGCAUUCAUAGACCAAGUGUGAUCUCUAUCACCGCAGGAAGUAAAGAGCAGAGAGAUUCCUGGGCCAAGGGAGUGGAUUAUAAAGCUGUAGGAUGUGACCAUUGGCAGUGAGGGCAGGGGUGGGACGUGGCUGGCCUGGUGAGAAACGGAUACCGGGCAUUGCCUCCCCUGUUUGGUGUCCACGCUCACCUGGUAACCUGCUAAAAGCUGUGGCAGCUCCUUGUGGAAGGCUGCAUGGUCAAAGUUCUGUGUCUUACCACAAAACAAUAAAGUGAAUGGUUCCUAAUGUGUUCAGAGUU